ACAAGAGAGAAAAAGAAAAGGAGAAGACGUAUUAAGAUUAGUGCUAUAGUGUGACUUAUUCCAGUUCGAUGUGUAUCGAGAUGAAUACCGUCUGUCACUCCAUAGAAUUCGGUUUACGCGUAAUCGGCAUAUGGCCUGAUACGUCAUACGCAAUUUUGCGCCGAAUCUUAUGCAUAUCUUCAUUAGCAAUGUUUCAGAUCUUUCAAUAUAGAUACUUGAUUAUGCAUUUUGGCCAAGAAGAUAUUUUUAUCUUCAUGGACGUAUUGAGCGUAACUCUGGCUUACAGUCUUCUGUUUAUCAAGCUGAUUAUUUUCACGUUCAACGCUCAUCUGCUGAAAGAAAUCAUAGCGCGCAUAGUCGAAGAUUGGAAGAGACACGAUGUAUCCGAAAAACACACAAUGAUCAGAGUAGCUUACAUCUCUCGUCAGUUCUCCAACUUGAUAAUCACCAUGUGCGCCAUAGUUGAGUUCAUAUACGCUACCAGUACUCUUAUUAAAUAUAAAAGUAGCAAUCAAACCAAUGCUCGGGAACUCCUUGUUAAGAUGGAAUUGCCUUUCGAAAUUAAGAGUACAUCAGUAUAUAUCGCUGUUCUAGUUAUUCAAUUAGUUCAUCAGACGAGCGUGGCUAGUACGGAGGGUAUGUUAAACUCCUUGCUGAUAACACUAGUGCUUCAUGUCUGUGGACAGAUCGAUAUAAUGCAGCAAAAAUUAAACAAAGUCACGCGAAAGAAUAAGGAGCAAGAUGCCGCCAAAAAUAUUAUGAAGAGGUUGAUUGUUCGUCAUCAGAAGAUUAUCUCGUUCGCCAAGGACAUCGAGAACCUCUUCUCAACCAUAACAUUAAUACAUUUCAUAUCAAAUACUUUGGUUAUUUGUUGUUUAGGAUUUCUCAUUGUGAUUUCAAUCGGUGUCCCGGGCGGAACAACAAUAUUAGUAAAAUCCGUGUUAUUUUAUGCAAUAAUUUGUUUAGGCCCAUUUAUAUUUUGUUUCGUCGGAGAAUAUCUCAGCACAAAAAGUGGAAUGAUAGGCGAUGCGGCAUACGAAUCGCUUUGGUACCAAUCGAAUCCGAGCCAGAAUCGAGAUAUUCUUCUAAUGAUUAUAAGAUCACAGAAGCACUUGACACUUACGGUCGGAAAAUUUGUGGAUCUCUCUUUGCAGCAAUUCGCAAACAUUUUUCAAUAUAAAUACUUGAUUAUGCAUUUUGGCGAAGAAGAUAUUUUUACCUUAAUGGACGUAUUGAGCGUAACUCUGGCUUACAGUCUUCUGUUUAUCAAGCUGAUUAUUUUCACGUUUAACGCUCAUUUGCUGAAUGACAUCAUAGCACGCAUAGUUGAAGACUGGAAGAAAGACGAUGUAUCCGAAAAACACACAAUGACCAGAGUAGCUUACAUAUCUCGUCGAUUCUCCAACUUGAUAAUCACCAUGUGCGCCAUAGCUGUUAUCGUCUAUGCUAUCGGUUCUCUUAUUAGAUAUAAGAGUGGCAAUCAAACCAAUGCUCGGGAGCUCCUUGUUAAGAUGGAAUUGCCUUUCGAAAUUAAGAGCACAUCAGUAUAUAUCGCUGUUCUAGUUAUUCAAUUAGUUCAUCAGACGAGCGCGGCUAGUAUAGAGGGCAUGUUAAAUUCCUUGCUGGUAACACUAGUGCUUCACAUCUGUGGACAGAUCAAUAUAGUACAACAAAAAUUGAAUAAAAUCACGCAGACGAAUAUUAAACGAGGAAUCACCAAAAAUGUCAUGAAGACAUUGAUCAUUCGUCAUCAGAAGAUUAUCUCGUUUUCUAAAAAUAUCGAGAGCCUUUUUUCAAACAUCGCACUAGUACAAUUUGUAUCAAACACUCUGGUUAUCUGUUGUCUAGGAUUUCUCAUUGUGGUUUCACUCGGAGUCCCGAAUGGAACAAUAGUGUUAGUAAAAUCCGUGUUAUUUUACGUUAUGAUCAACUUAGACGCAUUUAUAUUUUGUUUCGUCGGAGAAUAUCUCAGCACAAAAAGUGGAAUGAUUGGCGAUGCGGUAUACGAAUCGCUUUGGUACCAAUCGAAUCCGAGCCAGAAUCGAGAUGUUCUUCUAAUGAUUAUAAGAUCACAGAAGCACUUGACACUUACGGUCGGAAAGUUUAUGGAUCUCUCUUUGCAACAAUUCGCAAACUUUGUUCAUCAAACGAGCGCAGCCAGUACGAUUGGCGUGUUAAACUCCUUGCUGAUAACACUAGUACUUCACGUCUGUGGACAGAUCGAUAUAGUACGGCAAAGAUUGAAUGAAAUCACGCGAAAAAAUAUCAAGCAAGGUGUUACCGUAAGUAUCAUGAAGACAUUAAUUGUUCGUCAUCAGAGAAUUAUCUCGUUCUCCAAAAACAUCGAGAGUCUGUUUUCAAGCAUCGCGUUAGUACAAUUCGUCUCAAACACUCUGGUUAUCUGUUGUCUAGGAUUUCUCAUCGUGAUUUCGAUCGGUGCCCCGGGUGGAUCGACAAUGUUAGUGAAAUCUGUAUUAUUUUAUGUAGUAAUCUGCUUAGACGCAUUUAUAUUUUGCUUCGUCGGAGAAUACCUCAGCACCAAAAGCAGAAUGAUCGGCGAUGCAGCGUAUGAAUCGCUUUGGUACGAAUCAAAUCCGAAUCAAAAUCGAGAUGUUCUUCUAAUGAUUAUAAGGUCGCAGAAGCAUUUGACACUUACCGUCGGAAAAUUUGUAGAUCUUUCUUUCCAGCAAUUUGCCAACUAUUAUUGUGUCAUGAGUCUGAUUCAUUCCGAUUCGAUAAGUAACAAGAUGGGCACGAUGAAUACCGUGUGUCAUUCCGUGGAGUUCGGUCUGCGCGUAAUCGGCGUAUGGCCUAACACUUCAUAUGCAAUUUUGCGUCGAAUAUUAUACAUAUCUUCGAUGGCAAUGAUUCAGAUUUUUCAAUAUCGAUAUUUAAUCAUGCACUUUGGCGAUGAAGAUCUUUUUACUCUGAUGGAUGUAUUGAGCGCGACUCUGGCUUAUAGUCUUCUCUUUAUCAAGAUGAUUAUUUUCACAUUCAACGUUCAUAUACUAAACAAAAUCAUAGCAUGCAUAAUCGAGGACUGGAAAAUACGCGAUAUCUCCGAAGAGUACACAAUGACCAAAGUAGCUUACAUCUCUCGUCAGUUUUCCAAUUUGAUAAUUACCAUGUACGCCAUGUCCGUGUUUGUCUAUGCUACCGGUACUCUGUUUAGGUAUAAGAGUAGCAAUCAGACCGAUACCCGAGAACUCAUUCUUAAAAUGGAGUUACCUUUCGAAAUUAAAAACACAUUAAUGUAUAUCGCGGUUUUAAUUACACAGUUUAUUCAUCAGGUAAGCGGGGCUAGUAUGGAGGGUGUGUUCAUCUCCUUAUUGAUAACACUAGUGCUUCACGUCUGUGGGCAAAUCGAUAUAGUGCGGCAAAAGUUGAAUAAAAUUACACGAAAGAAUAUCGAGCAAGGUGUUACCGUAAGUAACAUGAAGACGUUGAUCGUUCGUCAUCAGAAAAUUAUCUCGUUUUCCAAGAACAUCGAGAGCCUUUACUCAGGCAUCGCAUUAAUGCAAUUCGUUUCAAAUAUUUUGGUUAUCUGUUGUCUAGGAUUCCUCAUUGUGAUUUCAGUCGGUGUCCCUGGUGGAUCGACAAUGUUAGUGAAAUCCUUGUUUUUUUACACAGUAGUCUGCAUAGACGCAUUUAUACUUUGUUUCCUUGGAGAGUAUCUCAGCACAAAAAGCAGAAUGAUCGGCGAUGCGGCAUAUGAAUCGCUUUGGUACGAAUCAAAUCCAAAUCAGAAACGAGAUGUUCUUCUAAUGAUUAUGAGAUCGCAGAAGUACUUGACACUUACAGUCGGAAAGUUUGUAAACCUUUCUUUGCAGCAAUUUUCCAACAUUGUAAAAGCAUCAGCGUCAUAUGUAUCGGUGUUACUCGCGAUGUAUUAAGGUACAUCGUACAUUAUGAGUCGGCUUCACGUGUAGAGGGAUACAGUAUUCUUUUGCUACCACCAAACAUUUACACAAUAUUCUUAGCCAGAAACAUAUAUAGACGAGUAGAUUUGUUUAUUGAAACACAUUUAGUUUCGAUAAAAUAAGAUUCUUAAUUAUCUGACUCCAGAUAUAUA